GUCUGUGAUCUAUCAGAUGUGUGUCAUUGAUGUCACUUUGAUCGAUUGUCUAUUUUCGUACGAAAUGUUGUAAAAUUUUGUAAAAAACGCCGAUCGAGCAAUUUGAGCAGGAAGAAGAAAUACCACUCAUUAAUACUUAUUAUGUUGCUCACUAUACACAACCUGCCGCCCCGUAUGCGGUAUGGGGACGUAAAAUCUCUUAUCGUCUCGAAAUGCGGGUUCAAAGACAUAAUAUUGGAUAAUUUGAUCAACGAGGGUCGAGGGACCAAGCAGGUGACCGUUGGUUUGGCCGCAGAGGAAGACGCUGCGAUGCUGGUCCGACAGAUCAACGGCCUGUACGUGGAGGGAAAGCAGUUGUAUGUGGAAGACGUGCGACAGAAAAAUCAAUCCCAACAACCGUAUCGUCAAACUCAAGACGAGAGCAGUUACUCUGGCUCUCAAAGAGGUACUAAUCAGUCAUCCAGUUAUACAGCCCCAGGGAAUGGUCCCCAGCUUUAUAGCGGUCAGCAAAUGUACAUGAAUCAGAUGCCAGGGUUCCCAGGGCAGUCGGACCCCAUGACGAUGCCAAUGAUGCCUUUCAUGGGCGGGAUGGGAGGCAUGAUGUACGUGCCACCAGGACAGAACUCCUAUAUGGACUACGCUGGGCAAACGCAACAGCUUCCAUUAUCAGCUACCCAGUACACCCCAAUGUCUGGCGAACAAGCUCAGACAGGGUCUGGGUCUGGCUACCAUAACUACACUGACGACAAGUGGUCUCGUGACCGUCGCGCUCAACAGGGUACUUCCCAAGAGAAUAGGAAUCAAUCCAGCUAUAAAUCUGACAGCAGACAACAAUUCCGAGACAACAACACCUCGAGACGCCGUAGCAGAUCCCCGCGAGAUAAUCGUGACAGAUCCAGGGGCAGCCCUAAACGGGGAAGGUAUGAUGAAGGUGACUUCCGUUCGCAAUCCAACCGCGACUCUCAGAGAUAUACACCCGAUCGCGCAGAGACUUACACUUCUCAAAACUAUGAUAGGAGUCAGAAACAACCCUCCUUUAACAACGACCCUGUAACUUCGAACAAACCACCGCUCUUGAGCACUCCGGCUCAGAAUCGGUGGAACAGUGGACAACAGUUCAAUCAUGACUCCAGUGGAGACAGGUCUCAAAAUUGGAACAAAAAUCAGACAAGUUCUAAUGAUGAAAAAUCUAAUUAUCGCAAACAUAUGGAAUCGAAACAAAACCAAUCCAAAGGUGUUUGGAAAAAUCCGAUGCAAACUUCUUGGGGCCGGCAAGACGCAGCUACUUCUAGGGAAGAAAUACAAUCACAACCAUCACAAUUUAAAUGGACAAAUCCAAACACGGGUAAGGGUCAAACGAAUAGUGGUGGGCCUGUUGAGCAAAGGCAGUCCUUACUGGGAAAUCCACCACAAAGAAGUUGGGAACCUAAUAAGAAUGCACCCAAGCCAAGUAAUGUCACCAAUUACCCAAAGCAAAAACCUCAAAAACCUGCAAAAUCAAAGAAGAAUAAGGGCAAGAAGAAAGGUGUGAUGCCCACACUGAAGGAUGACUCGAUCCUGAGAUAUAGAGCGGCGGGUCAAAUCGCAAAUGAGAUAGCGAAAGAGCACAUAAAUAUUAUAUCAAAGGAGUUUUAUUUGAAGAAUCUGAGGAAAUCGGUGCGAUCCCGGUUGGAAGUACUUUUAGACGCGAAUAUUGGGAUGCCACUGGAUCAAAUGAUCAAAACAUACCGAAUGACGUUUCCGUCAUAUACGGAUCGCGAUUAUUGCAAAGCUGUAGUGGAGCAGAUACCAGCUGAUGCGAGGGCGAAAAUAGAGGCAACAGGAGAAAACGUUGACGUUGCAAAAUUGAAUAUUAAUCAACCAACGGCGAGCAAAAAUCAACCGGCGGCUAACAAAAAUCAACCGGCGGCUAACAAAAAUCAACCGAAGGCUAACAAAAAACCGGCGGCAAACAAAAAUCAAUCAGCUGUGAGCAUAACUCAACCGGGAACGUUCCAGCCUCUAAUGAAUUUGCCGGUCCUGACAAACUUAAAGCCUCCGAAUCCUUCGGAAAAGCUGCCCAAAUAUCCUCAAGGAGACAAACAAAUAUACAAAGAACAAAAGAAGCUAAAGAAACUAGAACAUGGGAAAGAGGAUAUUUAUUCGCUGCCACAGCCGAUGCAGAGGGUGCUGGACGAAGAACUACAGGCCCUCGUGGAUAUAUACAAGUCUAUAGUGAAAACGGCAGACAAUGAAAAGGAGCAAGCCCUCUGCGAUCGCUUCAGUACCAUCGGAGUGGAUAUUACGCGAAAGGUGUUAAAACUGAACGUCACGAAGCGUCUUCUAUGCAUCAACACGAACCUCGUCGUUCGAGUGUACAUAAACGGAAAGCCGCCGAAAAAGCUGGAGGUGGAGGAAUUCAUGCGGAAGAAUGGCGCCGUCAGCUGCAAGAAGUCUGUCAAAAGGGCGCCUAUUUACGUCGCCACCNUGUUAACGAAGCAACAAAAGAAGCUAAAGAAACUAGAGCAUGGGAAGGAGGAUAUUUACUCGCUGCCACAGCCGAUGCAGCGGGUGCUGGACGAAGAACUACAGGCCCUCGUGGAUAUA